CGCCUGUGUGGGUGUUCACAGCGACGUCAGGACAAUUUGUGGCCUUUCCUAAAAUAUUUAUUCCGUCAUACAGCCAUGUUGUAACAUAGCCUACAUUAAAUGUAUCACGGAUAGGCUAUUCAAUUUCGCUCACAAACAAACGGUCAUUUUUUUAUGAAGCUUUUCAGAAAUCAGCCAGGACACCCGGCGAUCACUAGACUAAACAGUUUUCGGACAAGUUCCAGCUGGACCAUCCGCAGGCUACCUGCGAGAGUCACCGCAUGAGCAACUAUGUACACGGUUUUCUUCAGCACGUUUUUUGUUUUUUGGAGUUUUCUCGCCGUCGACGGAAGUCGCAGUGCUCUCAAUGACUACCAGCGCUCCGAGGGGAGGGAGCUGGUGGCUAAACCCUGGAAUGCAGAGAGGGUGCGUCUGAUCCCCGGCCUCACGCUGGAGCAGUGCGCCCAGAGAUGUACGGAGGGAACGGACUGCAGGGCAUUUAACUAUGAGACUCGUCCGACUAUCGCCUGCAAACAGCUCCCCUGGGUUGGAGACGGAGACAACGCAGAGGUCAAAAGGAAUGUGAACUGUGACCUUUAUGAGAAGAAAGUGUAUGUGAGGAAGUGCAUUGUGGGAAAGGGAGAAGACUACCGUGGGAAGGUGUCUCUGACAAAAAAUGGCCACAAGUGUCAGCAGUGGUGGUCAAAGUUCCCUCACGACCACAGAUGGACUCCCACUAGCACUAACGGCUUGGAACUGAAUUACUGUCGGAACCCAGAUGGGGAUCCGAUCGGGCCUUGGUGUUACACCACUCACCCUGAGCACCGCUACGAGAGCUGCAACAUUCCGCACUGCAAAAACGAGGUGUGCAUCACGUGUAAUGGCGAGGACUAUCGGGGGCAGGUGGACCACACUAAGACGGGUCGGGAGUGCCAGAGAUGGGACCAGCAGCACCCUCACCAGCACAUCUACCAGCCUGAGAAGUACCCAGAGAAAAGCCUGGAUGAUAACUACUGCCGCAACCCUGAUGCGUCCCCAGUCCCCUGGUGCUACACCACUGAUCCUCUGGUGGAGAGGGAGGACUGUGAGAUCCGCAAAUGUGAGCCUCCUGAGGUUCCGAAGCGGCGCCUGCGCUCCAGUUACACCACCAACUGUUUCCGUGGCCGCGGGGAGGAUUACCGGGGCAAAGUGAACGAGACGACCUCAGGGAUCCCCUGCCAGCGCUGGGAGGCCCAGCGGCCUCACAUUCACCCCUUCUACCCACACACUUACGAGUGCAAGGGUCUGGAGGAGAACUACUGUCGGAACCCAGAUGGAUCCGAAGCCCCCUGGUGCUUCACGUCAGUUCCGGAGAUGCGCACCGCACUGUGUCUGCAGAUCAAGCGCUGUGCUGACGACAUUGAGGCUGAAGAUUGCUAUCAUGACAGUGGAAAGAACUACAGGGGUACGGUCCAGAAGACCCGCAAAGGCAUCAACUGCCAGAAGUGGAGUGGGCAUACCCCACACAAAACCAAGAUCAACCAAAAGACGAACCCAGAUGCAAACCUGACAGAGAACUACUGCCGCAACCCAGAUGGGGACCUGCAUGGACCCUGGUGUUACACCACGGAUCCCAAGACAGAGUUUGAUUACUGCGCCAUCAAACGCUGUGAUGGAGUGGUCACUGAGCCCAGUAUCAGACCACCAGAGAAAGUUGAGUUCAGUGAGUGCGGGAAGCGAGAGAACCGACCUUCCCCAAAGUUGCGGAUCAUUGGAGGCUUACCAGGAAACUCUCCCUGGACUGUCAGCCUCCGAGACAGAAAAGGGAACCACUUCUGUGGAGGAUCGCUGGUAAAUUCCAAGUGGGUCAUCAGCACAAAGCAAUGCUUCUCCUCCUGCUAUGUGGAUCUUACUGGGUACUCUGCAGUGAUGGGAACUCUUUUCCGCGACCCCAAAGCAGGAGAGCCUGACAGGCAGGUCAUCUCCCUCACCAAGAUCGUCUGUGGACCCUCAGAGUCCCACCUGGUGAUGCUGCAGCUGGAGAAGCCAGCACAGUUUAAUGAGCGCGUGUCUCAGAUCUGCCUGCCCCCAGAGCGAUACAUUGUUGCAGAGGACACCACCUGUGAGAUCGCUGGGUGGGGGGAGACCAAAGGUACAGGGGAUGAGUCUGUGUUAAACGUCGCUCAAAUGGUUGUCCUUAGCAACAAGGAGUGCAACAAGUACUUCCGAGGUCGCGUGAAGGAGAACGAGAUGUGCACUACGGCUUUCCAAGGACCUGUGGGUGCCUGUGAGCGAGAUUACGGAGGGCCCCUGGCCUGCGAGUACAGCGACUGCUGGGUGCUGGAGGGCGUCAUUAUCCCCAUGCGACGGUGUGGUCACCCCGGACAGCCUAACAUCUUUAUCCGCGUCUCUGCCUACGUGGACUGGAUCAAGAAGGUCAUGGUCAUGGCUUAGUAGUCGAGAGCCACCUCUGCACACCCCCACGCCCCCGACGCUUUUUUUAAAGAUAAUGGUCCAAAUUUAGGCAUAAGCACAAAGAUCCUGCUGUUAUUUUUAUCUAUGAACAUUACACUCUUUCUACACAUAAGAA